GUUUCUGAACUUGCGAUUUUCAGCACCAAAGUAAACUUUUGUCGCCGUGAAUGCAGCAAAGCCGCUGCUAAGCAGCGGGCGAGCAUUUCCUGUUCUGUAGCGCAACACAUUAGUGCCUGUGAAGACGGAGUUUUACGACCGCACGAUCUAUUUCAAGAUGUUUUACACUUGUGGUCCCAAUGAGGCAAUGGUGGUCUCAGGAUGUGGCCGCUCUCCUCCUCUAUUGAUUGCUGGUGGCAGAGUAUUUGUUAUUCCCUGCAUUCAGCAAAUCCAGCGGAUCACUCUCAAUACUCUGACUCUGAAUGUGAAGAGCGACAAGGUCUACACCAGACAUGGCGUGCCAAUCUCAGUAACAGGCAUUGCCCAGGUGAAGAUCCAGGGUCAGAAUAAAGAAAUGCUGGCCACAGCCUGUCAGAUGUUCAUGGGGAAGUCUGAGGGUGAGAUUGCUCAGAUUGCCCUGGAGACCCUUGAAGGACACCAGAGAGCCAUUAUCGCCCACCUGACUGUGGAGGAGAUCUAUCAGGAUCGUAAGAAGUUCUCCGAGCAGGUCUUUAAGGUGGCUUCUUCUGACCUGGUCAACAUGGGGAUCGGUGUGGUCAGCUACACGCUCAAAGAUGUGCACGAUGAUCAGGAUUACCUAAGCUCGCUGGGUAAAGCUCGUACUGCUCAGGUGCAAAGAGACGCGCGUAUUGGUGAAGCCCAGUUCAAGAGGGAUGCUGUCAUCAUGGAGGCUCACGCCAUGCAGGAGAAGAUCUCUGCUCAGUAUAAGAAUGAGAUUGAGAUGGCUAAAGCCCAGAGAGACUUUGAGCUGAAGAAAGCUGCCUAUGAUGUUGAGGUCAACACCAAGAAGGCAGAGUCUGAAAUGGCCUACCAACUUCAGGUGGCCAAGACAAAGCAGCGUAUUGAGGAGGAGAAGAUGCAGGUUCAGGUCGUGGAGCGUACGCAGCAGAUCACUCUACAGGAGCAGGAGAUCACCCGUAAGGAGAAGGAACUGGAGGCCAAAGUCCGGAAACCAGCCGAGGCUGAGAGAUUCCGCAUUGAGAAGCUCGCCGAGGCAGAAAAGCUUCAACUGAUAAUGGAGGCAGAAGCUGAGGCAGAGGCCAUCAGAAUGAAGGGAGAAGCAGAGGCAUUUGCAUUGGAGGCAAAGGGUCGGGCUGAAGCUGAGCAAAUGAACAAAAAAGCUGAAGCUUUUAAGGAGUACAAAGAGGGAGCCAUGGUGGACAUGCUGCUGGAGAAACUCCCACUGAUGGCAGAAGAGAUCAGCAAGCCACUCUGUGCAGCCCAGAAGGUCACUAUGGUGUCCAGCGGUGGCUCAGAGGUGGGCGCAGCGAAGCUGACUGGAGAAGUCCUGGAAAUCAUGAGUCGCCUGCCGAACACAGUGGAGAAACUGACUGGAAUCAACAUCUCACAGGCUGUUUCAACCCGCAUGGGCUAAUGGAGUUCAUGAAGAAGGGAUUGGGUCUGAUCAGCUGUGAUGGUGGAUCUCAGCUCCUCCUGUCUGUGUGCAUGUCUGCAUGCCUGUGUUUGUACUGAACCUGGAACAUUGAGGUCCUUUUUGUUUUUCGUAAUCCACCAUUUGUAAUAGUCAGUUUUUAUAUUAUGUUUUAUGAAUUAUUUUAUCACAUUAUAUGAUCAUUUUGUAAGUUAGGUGAACUACAUUUAUCUGUUCUAGAGCCUCUGUUAAUAGUGAAUAUUCAGGGAAGCAGGGCUGGUCUUUUUUUUUUUCAUUUUUGAAUAGUUUCUGUAUUUCUGUCUGUCAGAGCCACACGCCUUUUGAUUCUGGUACGGUUUCCUCCAAAAACAAAGUGCGUUUGAGUCGAAUGCACGAGUAAAUUCACCUCAAGUGCAUUACUGAAGCCAUAGUCCACGUGCUCGAUGCCUUACGUCUGCAAACAAUGAAAUGUGAUGCUUUCUUUAUUCUUGCCAUUUUAAGGUUUUAGCAUUUGACGGUCUGUGAAGACGUUUUCCCGUAAACUGGGGCACAAGAGUUUGUAGAUACAUAUCGAAAAUGAUUUUGGAAUAUAAUACAUUUUAUGUUACUGUAUGUGUGCUCAGUAGAGGGAUUUAUACAGCAAGUUGGAAAGUGGGUGGAGAAAAGAAACCCUUUGAUUUAUGAAGUUGAUGAACAAACAGGAAAGAAGAGGAAACUAGUUGGGUAUUGAAAAAGCUGCAAACAUGUCUCUGUGGCCACAGAAACUCCAGUGAAGGCUGUUGGUGGUUUCAUUUCUCACUUUUUGUUUUACCAUGCUGCUGUAUACUUGACACUAAAAUCAACUCAACAUUACCAAAGGUCAACCCUAUGCAUCUCUAGUUUAUGCCUUUUAAAGUGCCUGAAAAGCUAUUUUUUACUUCCUCACUGAAUCAACCUGCCUUGAUUGUGUUUCAGCAACCAGAACUGUGAUCUGUCAUGCGAUACUUCCUGGCCUUAAUCAUUAAUUUCAUUCAGAACAUUCAAUUUGCUUGCCAUUAGUGUUUUUAUUGGUAUAAAGCCUCAUUGUUUUUAUAUGACAAAUCUAACGCAACUUUAGCCUUACUCUGUGUGUAGUGGUAAUGUAAACCGAACAGCUGUAUAAUCAGAUUUAUACAUAUUAUGUACCGUUUAUUCUAAACAAUAAACUAUUAGUGUGCGCUGUA